AUGACAACUUCAUUAACCCCCACCCCCUGCCCCUGCCCCUGCCCCCUCACCACCCUCCAACUAACCACCGACCUGCGCACAAUCCAACCCGUCCUCGAACUGAGCACGAUCCUCUCCCUCAUCCAACGGAUCCACACCCACGCCCAAACCAUCCUCUCGUGUCCGGAGUGUCGCAAAGCCCCACACACCUCUUUCGGCGUCUUGCCUGGCCUUGCAGAGCAGUGUCUUUUGCUGUGUGAGGCCGUGUGUUUGGCUUAUGGGAUUGGGGGGGCUGGUGUUGGUGUUGGUGUUGGUGUUGAUUUUGAUGUUGAUGUUGGUGUUGAUCUCGAUCUCGAUCUCAAUCUCGAUCUCGAUACUGAUAUCGGGAGGGGGGUUGGCGGUGGAAGUGGAAUCGGAAUCGGAAUGGGUGGUAAUAGUGGGAGUGGGAGUGGUGCUGGUAGUGCUGGUGGAAGCGCAGGUGGCAGCAACAGCAACAGCAACAGCAGCAACAACAACAACUUCCUCUUCGACCUUGGUUUUGGAGCCGAGCAGUCCACCGUGUCGCUAUCACAGUGUAUAUGCAUGCGGAGCAAGACGCGGCUGGGACAGAUGGAGCUGGAUGACAAGGAGGAGGUGUUGCUGGUUAGGACGUUGGUGGGGAGGUAUUUGGUCAAGGUGGUGGGGGUGUUGGAGGGGGUGGGCAGGGCGUUGAGGGGUGGUUCUCGGUCUGGGGCUGGGUUUGGUGGUGGUGGUGGUGGUGAUUCUGGUGGUGUGAGGGGGAAGGAGAAGGGGUGUGUGGGUGACAGGACUGGAUUGCGGGCGGAGGUGGAGGCGGUGGUGAGGAGGUUUGUGGUGUUUAUGGAGAAGGUGGGCGUGGAGGCUGGUCGGCGACAAGACGUUGAUGAGGCGAGAUUGGUGUAA